AUGUCGUUGGAAAAAGAUGAUGGAGCAGUGGAAAAACUUAUGGAGGAGGGAAAAAAGAAAGUGGAUAGUACAAGUGACAAGUAUGAUGAGCUAAGCAAGAUGGAAUUGGCCGAUCAUACAGAAACGGCAUACGCAGGCAUGGGUAAGGAAGAACUCAUGAAGUAUGCCAACAGUCCGUUCUGGGUGCGACUCAGAUGGUUGUUGUUUGUUACAUUUUGGCUUUCAUGGUUUGCCAUGAUGUUCGGUGCAUUGUUCAUCAUAUUCUUGACUCCUAAGUGUUUCUCGACUUCUAAGCAUGAAUGGUAUCAGAAGAGUCCAGUCUACAUUAUUAACACAGCUUCUCUUGUCAGCCAAAAUGGUCUUGAUGAAAAAAUUGAAUACAUGCAAAAAUUGGGUGUACAACAUGUUGUAUUGACAUCUGUGUUUCAAGCUGUUGGAGAUGAAGUUAUAGAUUUCAUGAAAGUAAAUAUUUCUUUAGGAAAUGAAGAUUCGAUGAAAAAUCUUGUUAAAAAUUUAAAAACUAAAGGUAUGAAAGUGAUGUUGAAAUUAGUUCCUAAUCAUUCUUCAAGGUUAAACUUGAUAUUUGAACGAUCAGUCCUAAAAGAAACAUUAUACAAAGAUUUUUACAUUUGGAAUUCUGGUUUUAGUGAUGGUACACAUCAUUAUCCUAUUAACAAUUGGUUGAGUGUAACUGGAGAAUCAGCCUGGAGUUGGAAUGAUGUUCGAAAGGAGUUUUAUCUUCACCAGUUCUCUGCGGAAAAUCCUGACUUCAAUUUCCGCAAUGAAGACGUUGUAGAUUAUUUUGAGAAAGUGUUUAAGCAUUGGUUAGAUAUAGGCGUUGAUGGAUUGUAUUUGGAUAAAGUUCAAUAUUUGUUUGAAGAUAAAGACUUUAAAAAUGAUACUAUUACAACGGCACCAAAUAUGACCAACAAGUAUGAUUCUUUUAGUCAUAAAGCGACAUCUAACCUUCCAGAAACCAAAGAGUUGUUAUCACGCUGGGGCAAUUUAAUAAGAAAUUAUUCUGGAGUAUUGAUUGUGAGCGACCUUGAUUCUAAUGAUAUUAAAGGAAUAAAUAUGGUUCAUAGUUCUGUGAAGUUGCCAUCUGAUUUCACUGGAGAACAAUUGUUUAAUGCAAUUUUACCUAAAGCAACUACUUCAUGGUCUUCUUGGGAAUUUGUAUGCACUGAUAAACCAAAUUGCUGGAAAAAUGAUGAAAUGAUUGAUGCAUUUAGUAUUCUCGGUUCAUUGUUACCGGGUAUACCACUUAUUAAUGCUGACUCUAAACUAUUUGAAAACAACAAAAUACCAAAUGUUACAUUAAUUCAAAGUACUUUAAAAAAAUUACGGUCAAUGCCUACAAUUGAACUUGGUUCCUUUAAUGCCAAACUUUUGAAUAAUGAUAAAGUAUUCGCUUUCGAUAGGGUAAUGAGUGGUUCAGAAAGCCUUUUGUUUGCAUGGAAUUUAAGUAAAAAUAUCACUGUUCUAAACCUGACAAAAGAAUUUGAUGGAAUUCCAUCAGAAGUAAAUUUGUCACUUUGCACUGAGACUGCGUGCUCCAUACUUCCUCCUCCUAAUUUAAAAGUUGCCAGCAACCUAUUGAAUCUUGCUGGUGAAUCUGCUGUGGUUUUGACAUUCUAA